AUGCCGCCUCGACUAUCCCUCUUCACGGCCCGAUCGGUGCCAUUCAGGACAAAGCCCACAGUUCCGCAGAAAAGAUUUGCUCCUGCUCCCAGUCUGCAGCAUCGCGCAGCCAGCGAUGAUGCAACGUCCAAGAACCAGUCGCCCAAAACAACGCCACUUCAUCCGCAGGCAAAAGGUCCCACCAUGGACCAGCUGCCUCAUGUGACGGAAGAAGCAGUCGCAGUUGACAAGGCGAUGGGGAACACGCCUCCAGAUGUGGAACAGGGGACGCCGGUGCAGGAGAUCCUAAAGCGCGACAAAGACGCUCAAGACAAAGCGCCUCGAAUCAUGAAACAAGAGCUGCAGUCGGAGUCGAACAGCAGCAAUAACAAGUCACCUUCGGGCACCCGCUCUUUUUCAACCGCUGCCAGGAGGAACACCGCGGAGAUGGAGAUGGUGUCGAGCUUGGGAGGAUCAGGGGAUCAUUUGGUGCAGUUCCAGGACACAAGAGUCGUCGGCCUGGAGUAUCCGGAUGCCGGCUUCGGUCACAAGUUUGGGCUGCCAGAUCUGAAGCCGUUGGGCAAAGCGGUGAAUUUCAAGAGAAGAUAUGAUCCGGUGGUGGAGCAGGUGACGAGAAGUCUGAUGAGGGACGGCAAAUUGAGUCGUGCGCAGAAGAACAUGCAAUUCAUCCUUGACGCGCUUCGAACCUCGUCAGCGCCUCCGACCAACAAGGACCUCAUCAGUCCUUUGCCCCUGCAAUCUCUUCCCCUAUCUCCUGUCGCUUAUCUCACAGCUAUAAUCGACUCUGUUGCCCCUCUCGUCAAGAUUCGCCAGCAAAGAGGUCUAUUGGGUGGUGGCGCUUCCAUGCCGAUUCCCGUUCCCCUACGCCUGCGUCAGCGGAGAAGGACGGCUAUUCAAUGGAUAUUAACCGCCGCGGAGGGGAGAAGGGAAGACAAGCUGGCGGAACGAGUCGCCAAGGAACUGCUGGGGGUUGCGGAAGGGAGGAGCUCUGCGUGGGAGAAGCGGGCAAGGAUUCACAAAUUGGCAAUCAGUGCAAGGGCGAAUGUGAAGAUUGCGGCAAGUGGGAGGAGGACGAGGACGAAGGCCAUCAGAGGGAAGUGA